AUGAAUUUCAAGAGUGCAUGUGGUUUUUUAAUCAGUGAUUGUCAUGGUUUAAUUAAUAAAAGACUUUCAAGGAUGUCUUAUGCAAUUCUGGUAGUUCAACUUGGUGGAAACUUAGGUGCCUUUAUAUGGGAACCUGAUUACAGCAGUAGUUUUACCAAAUAUUUACCAUCACUUCCAUUACCCGCAAAACCGGAAGCCCCAUCUUCUCUAUUUGCCAUUGUGAACAAAAAUGCCGACCAUCCUCCAUUGAUUGCCCAAUUCACUCUGACGCGAGCAGCACCAUUCAAAGAUCAAAAGUUUCAUCGACCUCCGAGUCAGUCCAUUGGGAGCAACUACUCACCAGCGGCUGCAAAGCUUCAACUCGAUCGUCUGCCACCACAGUCUCGAUUGCCAGAGUUUGCUGGCGUCUCAAAAAGCAAGCGACUCAAGACUGGAGAAAAUUAUUAUUUGUAG